AUGACGGAGUUCUUUUGGGGGGAGCAAACUUCUUGGGUGGAGAACUUGUUUGCCCUUGACGAUAACAACAGAUUACCGUCAAUGAAGAUUAUUCAUAAUUUGGGAAUUUCAGAAUUGGUUGUAAAGCAUAGGGCCUUCUCCGGCUACCAUUUAGCUUCAAUACAUUUUAUGUAG